ACCUGAAAACGAUCGCCAUAUUGGAUUAGAAAACAAACAUGGACGACGGAGUUUAACAAACUUUAUCUUUUUCAUUUCCCCCAAAUAAUCGCGUUAAAGAUCAAAAAUGGCAACUCAAACACAAACCCUAAGAAAGGCUCCUGUACAAUUGUCAAGAACACAUGAUUAUCUUUACGAUAAUCUCCAUGUAUUGGCAAGUGAAAGGGAUCAUGCUAGGGCAACAUUCAAGGCACACACAGGGACUGACAGAGUCAAAAGGGUCCCUGUGUUCAACACGAUGUUCAGUGAGCUACGCCAUCACCCUCGCUUUCAAAUGAGACUGGACGUGACAGACCCUGUUCCAAAGUUCAUUUCCAGACAAUGGAGAGGUUAUGCUGAUCAACACAGGGAACAACUGAUACGAUAUACAACAUUCAACUAUGACCCCAGUGUGCAAGUUCCUUCCAAGGAAUAUUCCUCAGCACAUGUCCGCGGUUCAGACAGAUUUAAAUUCUUCAGAAGGCCGAUCAUUCCAUUCCUGCAGCAAGUGCCUCCAGAAGUCCUGCUAGCCACAGCCAGACAUGACCCCCUGGCUGGCCCAGACAUGCAGGUUGAGAGAGCUCCCACCCCGCUGCACCGUACUGUGCAGAUUCAGACUGACUUCAGAGACUCUGAGGCCCAGACGGACCCGUAUACACCAGAGUAUGUUGUCCGGCCUGGGUCUGCACCAGAACUGCUCACACUUGCCACUUUGUCUUAUGGGCGUGGUCUACCGGCAGGCUUGGCGGAGGUUGAGAUGAUAGAGAGAGCGCGUGCCAAGCGUGCCUGGGAGGCGACGUUACCUCCCCUGAACGAUAUGUCGCAGCUGGAGAAACGUAAACGUAUGAUGGACGAGAUGGAGAGGAAGGAGUGGGCGCUGAGAGAACAGGAGAUUGAGAAACUGCAGGAGGCAAGGUUGGAAGUGCUGAAGCAGCUUCUGAAGCAACGUGAGGAGAACCACCAGGAGCUAAACAUCAAACGUCUAGAUAAGCUCUGGUCCAAGAAGCAGAAAGAAAAGGAGGGACGAAUCAAGAAGAUCAGAAAUGAACACAUUAAAACAAUCAGAAAGCUCACAGAAAAGAGGCGUAAAGUGGAAGGCAAACUCGAGAGGCGCGAUGUGAUAGCCGACUAUGCCUCGUUUUCCUCACAGUCCUAUGCCCCGCUGACGAGGGUCGGAAUUUUCCUGGACCGUGGCUCCGAAAACUACGUGGUGAAGAGCCGUCACCUGAACACAUACCAGGGCCUUCUGGAGCUUGAGGCUUCCCUCCCGGACUUUGUAACGCAGCCCAGAAUCAAGGGUCCGAAGCCAAAAACUGUGACCAAGUCAGGCUUUGUGAAACGGAAGUACAGGCAGGAAAUUGAGCUGAUGGACAUGCAUGAGACAAUAAAAGAAGCCAAGCUGAAGGAGGAGGAAGAGCCCAAGCCGCUGCGGUUCCUUCAGAAGAUUGAGAAGCCAAUCCCUCGACCUCCGACCCCGAGGGUGGAGGUGCCCUCCGAAGAGGAGGAGGAGAGGGAGCUAGCUGUCAUCUUCCUGCAGCAGGUCAUCAGGGGCCGCGGUAUUCAGAACAUGAUGUACGAAGGCAAGGAGAAACGUAUGGAGCUGAUCCGAGAGCUGCGCAGCACACACGCCCUCCAGGAGGCCGAGCAGUCCAUGAAGAAGCAGGAGAAACAGGCAACCCUGACGCUGCAGAGGCAGCGGAGGCUUCAUGAACACCAGGAGUCCCUCGUGGAUGAAGCGCUGGCCAAAGUGGAAGGCAAGAGCCUGGGCGACAUGUUUGACUUCCUCAGCAAGGAGCUCAUACGGCUGCAGGAGGAGCGUCGUAUCCACGCGUUCUCCAUGCUGGCGGAGCGACAGAGACGGAUCAGGGAGGCGGAGGAGAGUGGGCGGAGACAGGUGGAGGAGAGGCGGAGACGAGAGGAGGAUGAGAUCUUCAAACAGGUGGUUAAAGUGCACCAGGACAGUGUGGAUACAUACCUGCAUUCGAUCAUUCUCAACUCGGUGGAUGAUACGGCAGACGCCCAGGCACGCUUUGAGAUCUCAGAGCUUGCGGAAAAGAUCAACGACGUUGCUUACGAAAUUGAGGAUAAACGAACUCAGCUGGAGUCAGAGGAGAUUGUAGCCGACCUUGUACACUGCUUCCUUAUUCCUGAGGUCAAGAAGCAAACCAUCAGAGACAAAGUGCGUCAAGACCAGAGAAAGUUCUUAGUGGCUGCACACAAAGAGAUACACAAGGACAGUGAGGCUGUGAUUUCAAUGUACCCACGUGCAUCAAAAACAGCCAAUGAUGGCACCACACCGACCCCUGGCAAACAAUCAUGAGUAACCUAGGAAGAAUGUUUGUAUAAAUGUGACAUUACUAUAUUUGAGAUGCCCUAGAAAAUACCUACCUUUUGAAUUUUCUUGACAGUAAAAACUUCAUAUUGUGAAGUAUUUUUGUUUUCAAAUGAAUAAAAAAGGAAAUUAACUUUCUUUUAUUAUUUUCUCAUAUAAAAUCGUUUUAUUCCAUGUUCACAUAGUUUAAAGAAAGAAUCAAUGUACUGAAAGUUUUUUUUAUUAUCUGUGAAUCUUACAUGUUAUACAAGAACAGGAUCAAAGCUUCACAGCAUAAUUUCAUAUGUAAUGCCUAUGAGUUGAUUUUUUUUUUUUAUUCUAUUAACAUUCAAGAAAAUGCAUUAAUUUUGAAACUCUAUUGUCUGAGUAGGUUCAAAGUUCAGUGUAAAGCCAUUGUAUGCAUGUUUGUGAACAUUAUUUUGAGUGAGGUCAUUACUAGCUGUUGUCAAUUAAACAUAUUCACAAGAAUGCAUCAAGGUGUUCUUCUGUCCUUCAAGUGUUGUUUUAUUGUAAAUUGUCAUGGCUGAAGAGUGAAAUAUUGCAAGUCAUAUAUAAUUUGCAUAAAAAUCCAUCUUUACAAUUUCAAAUACAAUAGGAAAGUAAUAAGAUCCACACCGAAUAUAUAUUUUGGGAUUUGUAAAAAAAAUUGCAGUUCAUGUACAUCAUACAUGGUAGUGCUUUAGCGAUUCAUUGUUUCUUCACAAUCAACAGUAGGCACGGUUGCAUAAAUUGUAUGAUGUGUAGAUAUGGUAAAAAUCUGUGAUAUUAUUAUAUGCUGUGUUAUAACUUUGUAAAUACCUUGCAAUUUUGUAUCGUAAGACAUUACAUGUGUUGUGGUAAUUUAUUGAAUUGACUAAUAUAUAGUUCAUUAUAAACAUUUAAGUAAGGAAAAAGUAAGGCAAACAUGUCUUGGUAUUUUACCAAACAUUUUACUGAAUAAAGAUCAGUUAAAGUUAGUUUCAAUGGACAUUUUAUCAUACCAUAAUAUUUUUGCAAUGAUGAACUAUAUUGAUUAAAUUGCUUGAAACAAAGAUCGAAAAGUUUUAAAUUUGAGUAUAUUGCAGAUCAAAAUAUCUCCUUAUACAUGCCUGUUCUGAUAAUUAUGUUCAGUAUUUUUAGAAGUUUAUUUAUAUAACAUACUAGUAGCAUUGUUAUUAAGUCUGACAUUGCAUCUACACUUGUUUAUUAUUCUUGUACUUUCAAGAUUUUUGAAUUGAUAAAUAAACCUGAAAACCCAA